AUUCCUCGCUUUGCGCAAAUGGUCGUCAGUGUCUUCUGCAAACAAGGUUUCUCACAGUCUCACAAACGCAAUCGCUAGCGAUAAGCUAGCUUCGCUAAAAUGGAGAGGCGGGCGCAGGCCGAGCUGGACCUUGAGCUCAGGCUCCUUCCCGGCGACUCGGAUCCGGAGCCGCUCGGCUUCUUCGUCUGCACCUACUGCGACCGCAAGUUCUACACCUCGCAGGCGCUCGGCGGCCACCAGAACGCGCAUAAGUACGAGCGCACCCUCGCCAAGCGCCGCCGGGAGAUCGCCGCCGCCAUGCGCGCGCACGGGGCGCCUGCGGUGGCCGCCUGGGCCGCCGCCGCUGCCGCCACGAGGACCGGCUGUGCUGGGACUGUCAACGUCGCUGCUGGAGGUGACCCUGGCAGAGAGAGGCUGCGGGAAGUGCAGCAAGCCGUUCUGUCGCCAGAGCAAUCGUCUCGCCUGCUGCUGCGCGACAAGAAGAGCUCGUCGUCGGAGUACGGCGUCGAGCGCCACGGCGAGCUGGACUUGAGCCUCAGGCUAUGAUGUGGGUUGUUUCUCUAGCACCUCUUGUUUCUCGCUUGCUUGAUUAAUCCGAUCUCUGUAUGCUAGAUCAAGAAUAUAUGUUCUUCGAUUAUAUAUUACAGUGUACAGUAUUAAGCUGUCUCGUAGAUUCACCGGUGUCUCCUGCAUACAUAUAUUCAUUUCUUGGCAACGAAAUAAGGAUGAUU